GUUCAUUCACUGUGCGGAGAGCUAUCAUUCUUCAACAUUCCCACUUUGAGUAGGACCUAUAGCAAAAAAUGUCCGAUGGUGACUACUUCAUGACGUCACAGGGCAGCAUGAGGGCAGUCGACCCGUCUGAAUCGGAGGUGAUUGAGCUUCACGACGUCGAUAAUCAGCCCGAUGAACAGGAGCUGCUCGCUGCCGGCACGACGUCCGACUCACAAGAUAUCACUCCCAAUAACGGGCACAAGAGUCUGUUUUUCGAGGAUGGUAGGAGAAGGAUAGACUUUAUGCUGUGUUACAAGCCAGCAGAGGACAGCUCCAUGGACAUGAGGAGAAUUUAUGAGAGGAACCUGCGGGAGGAGGGACUGGAGCUGGAAUAUGAUCACAAGGGACUUCCAGGAGUGGACUUUGUGAAGAUUCAUGCGCCGUGGGAGGUGCUGAGUCGCUACGCAGAGAUCAUGAAGCUGCGUGGACCGAUGAAGGAGGUUAAGCGAGAAUACAUAGAGGAUGAGGUUGAUGCAUUGUUUCCAAACCAGGCUCCAGAGACUGUGGCUGAGGCAUCAUACUGGUACAACCAGGUGACCGCCUACGUGACAGCAAUGUUCAGCGCACUGUUGUCUGUGUUCCUACUGGACCCGGUCGCCGUGCCUACAUGCGAAAAGAAGUUUACCUGCGUUUACUCCAGGGAUAAGGAAUACCUGUUUGGUAUUCCGGAAAACAAAGGUGACUUCUUUAGUCCAUCACAGAGAAGUCUCAUUGUCGAUUUUAUCCUGCGCAGGAAGAAAUUCAGUGAUGAACCGGACAACUUGUUUGCUAUAGGACUGGAGAAGCUGUUGUCAGAUGAAGUUUACUAUGCUGGUUACCCACUCCACGAGGGAGGCUUCCGCUGUGUAGACUCACCGAACACGAGGAAGAUGUUCUAUGAACAAUGGGCUGCCUACAAGAAGGUGCACAAAUACCAGCCAAUUCACCACAUCAGGAACUACUUUGGAGAGAAGAUUGCGCUAUAUUUUGCGUGGGUUGGCUUCUACACUUUCAUGCUUGUGCCUGCUGCCAUAGUGGGUGUGAUAUGCUUCAUCUACGGCCUGGUAACCAUGGGCACAGACACACCGAGCAAGGAGAUCUGCAACGCGGAUUACAACAUCACCAUGUGCCCACUGUGCAACCAGCUGUGUGAUUACUGGAAUCUGUAUGAGACAUGCAACCACGCGCGUGCCAGCCACAUGUUUGACAAUGGCGCCACGGUAUUCUUCGCUGUCUUCAUGGCUCUGUGGGGCACGAUAUUCCUAGAGUUGUGGAAGCGAUAUAUGGCCAAAAUCACGUAUGAGUGGGACCUCAUUGAGUGGGAGCAUCUUGAGGAACAUCCGCGGCCAGAGUUUGUCGCAAAGCUUGCAGCGUCCCGUCGGAAAAGAUUGAACUUUGUCACGCAAAUCCUUGAGCCAUACAUCCCCUUCUGGAGUGGCAAGGUCCCACGCUAUGUCUUCUCGCUAUCCAUGGUUCUCUUUCUGAUAGCCUUGGCGAUGGGUGCUGUCAUCGGAGUUAUUGUUUACCGGAUCUCUGUGCUUGCUGCAUUCGCCUUCAGUAAGGACUUCCUUCUACGAAAGAACGCCACUCUCAUCACGGCAGUCUCUGCAGCAACCAUUAAUCUCAUAUGUAUCAUGCUGCUAAAUAUGGUCUAUGGAAAGGUAGCACACUACCUCACACGGAUGGAGAUGCUCAGGACACAGUCAGAAUUUGAUGACAGUCUAACAUUAAAGUUAGUCCUGCUGCAGUUUGUCAACUACUUCUCAUCAAUCUUCUACAUUGCCUUCAUUAAGGGCAGGCUAGCUGGUUACCCGGGCGAUCCUGCGAAGAUCUUGAGCUUCAGGCAGGAGGAGUGUGAGCCGGGAGGCUGCCUCAUUGAGCUGUGUAUCCAGCUAGCUAUCAUCAUGCUCGGCAAACAGUUCAUCAUGAACAACUCCAUCGAGAUCGCUCUGCCACGCAUCAUGCGUUUUGUGAGACGCAUCAUGUUCAAGGGAGAUGUUGAUGAUGAGGCACGACAGAAGCAGUGGGUGCGAGAUUUCAGACUCAUUGACAUGGGCCCCAAUGGACUCUUCCCAGAAUACCUUGAGCUGUUGCUACAGUUUGGGUUUCUCACGGUGUUUGUGGCGGCUUUCCCACUGGCACCACUGUUUGCACUCAUCAACAACAUCCUGGAGGUUCGCAUCGAUGCUGACAAGAUGGUCACUCAGUACCGUCGCCCAAUAGCUACCCGUGCCAAGGACAUAGGAGUCUGGUUUAAUCUCCUAGAUGCAGUGGCAAAGCUGGCUCUCAUCUGCAAUGCCUUCGUGAUAGCGUUUACGUCAGACUUCAUCCCACGCCUCGUCUACACGAUCACGCAGUCUCCUGACGGCGGCCUUACUGGCUACGUCGUCUACAGCUUGUCAGAAUUCGACACAGCCGACUUUGCCAACAGCUCGGCACCAGACAAUCCAUUGUCCCUCGGCUACCCUGUCUCCAUCUGCAGGUAUAAGGAUUACAGGUACCCACCAACGUCGGAUAAGCCCUACAGACACACCGAGCACCACUGGCACGUGUUCGCAGCCAGACUUGCAUUUGUCGUCGUGUUUGAGAACGUGGUCGUCGCGGUAACGAUCCUCAUCCGCUGGCUCAUCCCCGACAUUCCACAGGAUGUGCUGGAGAAAAUGCGACGUGAGAAGUACAUUCGCAACCAC